GUCCAUAAAUUUCAUGAAUAAACAAAAUUUUAAUUUUUGAGGGUCUCCUAAAAUUGUCUAUGUCCAGUUUUGAAAAGCUAAGCAUAGUUGCCUUCUCAUCGCCUCCAAAAGCUUCAAAAAGCGUCUCCCCGACAAUCCAACUCAGAAUUGCCCUCUUCCCCUCAUCACGUCCCCCUACACAAAUGUAUAUAAACCCACAUUCUUUCUCUCCAAAACCAAUCUUUCUUUCUCUACAAACCUACACAUUCAAUUAAAAUCCAAACUUGGUUGCCAUUCCAAAUACCCCAAUGGCCCUAUUAGGCAGACUCUCAUCUUCAACACCACCAUUUCAAUCAGCUAAUCCCAACUCAUCUGUCCAAAAACAGGUUUUCACCAUCAAUUGCUCGUCCAAUUCGCAAAAGGCGUCACCUUUCACUGAAAAGCAUUCAAUCGAGAGGUACCAGCGGGACAGCUGGGUGUACAAGAGCAAGUUGCCGCAGCCCUCGUGUUCCUGCCAGCUCCCGUCUGAUCAAGAGUUCGUUAGGGAUUAUGACAUAGCUAUGCAGCUCCCGGAGCUGAAGAAACUGCUUGAGGUUUUGAGAGAGAAGAGGAGAAAUGAAAACGGGUGUGAGAGAAAGGGGCCUGGGAAUGUGUUCUUGGUGGGAACAGGGCCUGGUGAUCCUGAGCUCUUGACAAUUAAGGCGUUGAGAGUGAUCGAGAGUGCUGAUCUGCUGUUGUAUGAUAGACUGGUGUCCAAUGAUGUUUUGAAUUUGGUUGGCCCCAAUGCUAAUCUUCUGUAUGUUGGGAAGACUGCUGGGUACCAUAGCAGAACUCAGGAGGAGAUUCAUGAGUUGCUCUUAAGUUUUGCUGAAGCUGGGGCAACUGUUGUAAGGCUUAAAGGUGGAGAUCCAUUAGUAUUUGGAAGGGGUGGAGAGGAGAUGGACUUUCUACAACAACAAGGGAUUGAGGUGAAAGUCAUUCCAGGCAUAACAGCUGCUUCCGGAAUAGCAGCUGAAUUAGGAAUUCCAUUGACACACCGCGGUGUUGCAAAUAGUGUUCGAUUUCUGACAGGCCACUCAAGAAAGGGAGGAACGGAUCCUCUCUUUGUCGCAGAGAAUGCUGCCGAUCCUGAUUCUACACUUGUUGUCUAUAUGGGGCUGUCGACUCUCCCUUCCCUGGCCUCCAAACUAAUGUAUCAUGGUUUGCCAGACGACACACCUGCUGCAGCAAUCGAGCGAGGAACUACUCCUCAACAGCGCAUAGUGUUUGCUGAACUUAAGGACCUUGCUGAUGAGAUCGCGAAGAACCAGCUGGUAUCGCCUUCUUUAAUCAUGAUUGGGAAAGUUGUUGCUCUUUCACCAUUAUGGCCGUAUGCCAUAAUAGAAACUUCCACUCUGGUCGAAUCUAGAUAGCCGCGGGGGCGGAGCAACGAACCUUGUCCUUUACUGCUAGCUUCCUUGCUUGCGAGCUCGAUCUGCGUCCCUGCAUCAUGCAUCAUUUUUGCGAGUUGAUUGCGGAAAUAGAUUAAAUUAUUAGUUUAAAUAAUGAUUAUAAUUGCCACCAGAGUUGGUUGUAAUUUGAGAGAGUGUAGGGUUGUCUCUGUUUUUGAAACUAACAUCAGAGAAUGUUAAUGUUAUUUAUGUUUUUUCUUUUUCUGUAA